CUCUUAAAUAACUUUUGGUCAAUCUAAUCCUAAAAUCCCUCAUUUUUACCCGUGCAAAAAAUGACCUUGAGUAUGGUCCAAAAACUACCCUUAACCUGACCCCACCAUCCAGUGGACCCCACAUGCCAUCCAACGGCUAGGAUGCAGAAUCCACGUGGAUUCUGAGCAAGGUCCCACCUUUUCUCUCUCUACCCUCUACACUCAUCUGCUCGCAGUUGCUACUUACACUAGUUGGCUGGAAUUGGUGGUGUUUGUUUUUCUCUCUCUUCCUCAAAAUCUCUCUUUUCAACUCACCGUCGUUCUCAACGCAGAGUUCAUGUGAAAGUUACAAAAAAAACAGAGUAUUAGAAAGCCUGAAGAUCGGGGUGCACUUAAUUUUCGGUUGAAAUUAAUUUUUUUUUUUCUUAAAGUAACCCCACUUUGCUUCUGAUUCAGGGUGAAGAAUAUUUUGCUGGGUUUUUAGUGCUGAGCUGUUAUCUGAUAAGUUUUGGAACCCUUGAUGCUUAAUUUGGUCAUAUUUGUUUAAUGGGUUUUCUUAAUUUAUGAUAUAUAUGCUGUUUUUGUUGAUGGUGGUGCAUUUGAUUUAAAUGAAAUUUUGAGAAAUAAUGGUAAUUAUAGUGGGAGGGGAGUUGAUCAAAUUUGUGGGUUCGACGUCGAUUUUUGGGUAUAGUAUUGAUUGGAUAGGAUGAUUGAAGUUGGAAGUGGGGUUGAUGAAUGUGAUGCCGUUGCUGUGGUUGAAUUGGUAGGUGGCAAUAUAUUUAGUUUGAGGGAAAAUUCAAGAGGAGGGUUUUGGGGUAGUGUUCGAUUUAAAGAAAAUGCCGAACUAUUUGCGUAAUUUGGAAAAUUUUGUGCAUCUUGGUUGUUUGCUAGUUUGAUCAUGACUAGGGCUGUUCGUAAUCGGAUUCUCAAGGAUGCCAAUGGUGAUAUUAGUGAUCAUCUGCGUAACCAUAUACACUUGACUAACUGUAUUCAUUUGAAAAACCAUAUGCAUAAGCAUAGUCCCCUAUUGCAUGAUAAGUCCCUUAUGAGGGACCUUAUUGUGCUUCAGAGGUCUCGUUCUCUUAGGGAUCCUUCGGCUAGUCCCCCACCGUGGCAUUCUCCUGUCAUUGCUGAUCUGCUUUCUAGAGAUGGGGAAAGGCUUGAGAAUGGCAGAAGGUCAACUGGUGAGCAUUCAAGGGAUGGUAGAAGGUUGUCUCAAAGUUCCCCGCCUCUUGAGAGUCUUGAGGCUGGAAGGACUAAUUACCAGGCAGCAUUAGGCAGUGAGCACAGUAGCAAGAGUGGAGCUUGGGAUGUCAGAAGGGAGAGGGAGAAAGAAUCUAGCCGAAAGAGUGACUUGUCUGGAGGUAACCAGGGGACUCAACCUUAUGAGAAUGGGAAUGAAUUGUCUCAAGGGGUAUCAGGAAAUUCCGAUAGAAAAAGCAGAAAGAGUACUGCAACAGGGAAAUACAGUCAAGAGGGUAACCCUAAAACUCUCUCGCAGCAGUUGCAUGAGAUCACCAUGGAUAGUGAUGGUGUACUUUCUUCAAACAAGCAUCCUAAUGGGAGGCACUCGAAAACAGAAAAGCUUUUUGAAGAAGCAGAACCUAGUGUUCGUGGCGCAUGCAGUGGUUUCAAUAAAGUGAGGAGGCGCAAGUUCAGGAGAGUAAAAAGACCAGGUGCUAUGCCUCCGAGGGAUAACAGGCCUCAAAAUGAUAUAUCUGUGGCAUCAAAUUCAUCAGUAAAGGGCGUGGUGCAACAAAGGCAUCCCAUGGGAGAGGAAGAAGAGGAAGUAGGUGACCAUAAUGUUUCAAGGGGUCCACGAAAUGGGUGUGGAAUACCCUUUAAUUGGUCAAGGAUUCAUCAUAGAGGCAAGACAAUUCUUGAUAUAGCUGGCAGAAGUUUGUCAUGUGGUUUGUCUGACCCAAGGUUAAAAAGAGGAGGUCAAAUGUCCCAGGGAAGAGAUGCCUCCGACUUUCCUGCUGCAUCAGAUCAGUCAAGCUCUUGUAGUAAGUCUGAUGCUGAGGCACUGCCUUUACUGGUUGAUGGAUCUGAGAGCUCAGAUAAUGCUGCUUGGGCCCAUGAUUACUCUGGGGAGCUAGGCUUAUUUGCUGAUAGCCUUUUGAAACGUGAUAUAGAAUCUGACCUUGCUUCUGAAGCUAGAUCUGGUGACCAACGCAAGCUAAGAGGGGGACGCCAUGCUAGACAUCAGAAUUUGACUCAGAAAUACAUGCCAAGAACAUUUAGAGAUUUGGUUGGCCAGAACUUGGUUGCACAGGCUCUUUCUAAUGCCAUUGUUCGGAGGAAGGUUGGCUUGUUAUAUGUCUUCCAUGGGCCUCAUGGAACAGGGAAAACAUCAUCUGCAAGGAUAUUUGCCAGAGCUUUAAAUUGCCAGUCACCUGAACAUCCUAAACCCUGUGGCUAUUGUGGUUCUUGUGUUGCACAUGAUAUGGGUAAAAGUAGAACUAUAAAAGAAAUCAGUCCUGUAAGUAAUUUUGACUUUGAGAGUAUUAUGGAUUUGUUUGAGAAUAUGAUGUUGUCUCAGCAAGCUUCCCAGUACAGAGUUUUCAUAUUUGAUGACUGUGAUACACUUUCCCACGAUUGUUGGAGUGCAAUAUCGAAAGUCAUUGAUCGACCACCCAGGCGUGUAGUAUUUGUCCUCAUAUGUUCGAGUCUGGAUGUUUUACCCCAUAUAAUUAUAUCCAGAUGCCAGAAGUUUUUCUUUCCCAAGCUGAAAGAUGCAGACAUUAUAUAUGCUUUACAAUGGAUUGCUACUAAAGAAGGUUUAGACAUUGAUCGGGAUGCACUGAAGCUUAUAGCAUCCAGGUCAGAUGGUUCUUUGAGAGAUGCCGAAAUGACGCUUGAGCAAUUAAGUUUACUUGGUCAAAGAAUCUCAGUGACACUAGUGCAGGAGUUGGUUGGUCUGAUUUCUGAUGAGAAGUUGGUAGAUCUACUUGACUUUGCUCUGUCUGCAGACACAGUUAACACAGUCAAGAAUCUGAGGGAAAUUAUGGAAAGUGGUGCUGAGCCAUUGGCUUUGAUGUCCCAACUGGCUACUGUUAUUACUGAUGUGUUAGCUGGUACAUACAACUUCACAAAAGAAAGGCGUAGAAGAAAAUUCUUUCGGCGACAACCAUUAUCCAAAGAAGAUAUGGAAAAACUUCGCCAAGCAUUGAAGACUCUCUCGGAAGCUGAGAAGCAGCUGAGAAUGUCUAGUGACAAAUUGACCUGGCUAACAGCUGCAUUGCUUCAACUUGCUCCUGAUCAGCAGUAUAUGUUGCCCAGUUCCUCGGCAGAAGACACUAGUUUCAAUCACAGUCCAUUGCCCCAGAAUGAUGGGAGAGCUGUGACCAGGAAAGGUGGAAUGGAGCGUGCCAUAGUGUCCAAUAAUGGGAGGCGUUUUUCUACUGAAAGUGGAAUGGAGAAGCAUUAUGAAGGCAGCCCUAGUGGUACUCAUGAUGGUAGCAAGGUAUCUGGCAACAGAAGGCAAGGUGCUAGGAUUGCUUCUCACGAAACUUCUGCAUAUGAUGGUAUGGGAGUCUGUGAAAAGCGAGGCAAAGGUCACACAGAAAUUGAAGACAUCUGGUUGGAGGUGCUACAGAAUAUUCAAAUUAGCUGCGUAAAAGAGUUUAUGUAUCAAGAAGGGAAGCUGAUCUCUGUCAGUUACGGUGCAGCUCCAACUGUUCAAUUGUUGUUCAGUUCUCUUCAGACCAAAUCUAAGGCAGAAAAACUGAGGGCUUAUAUAUUGCAAGCAUUUGAAGCCGUGCUUGGCUCCCCUGUUACAAUUGAAAUAAGAUCAGAAUCAAGAAAAGAUGCAAGGCUAGGUGGUCAUACACCACUUGUCUUGCCCACAUCUGAGGACAGAUAUGGUGGUUCUAGCAGAAUGAUUGCAAAGAACAAGGGUAAUUCUGGAACCAGUGAAAUUGUUGAACUAGCAGGUUCUCCAAGGGAACAAAAUUUUAGUGACCAUGUUGAUAUUCAUGGAAAAUCAGAUAAGAGAGAUUUGCGAGGAGCUCGGGCUGGUGAAACAGUCCCAUCAUUCAAACAUCCUGACUCAUCUGCUGUAUCUGAAAGAGGAAGAUUUGGGGAGGAAAAUCAGUGUAGAAGCCUGGUGAGGGGCAAAGUUUCCCUUGCGCAUGUGAUUCAGCAAGCAGAAGGAUCCUCCCAACGCAGUGCAUGGACAAAACGCAAGGCUGUAUCAAUUGCUGAAAAACUUGAGCAAGAGAACCUGAGGUUGGAACCUAAAUCAAGAAACUUGUUAUGUUGGAAACCAUCGCGAACAACACGACGGAAGUUAUCAAGGUUAAAGAUUCGGGCACGAAGACCCCAUUCAUUGCUGAAGCUUGUAUCUUGCGGAAAGUGUCUCUCUUCCAGGUCGCCGAGGUAAAUGACUGUAACGGCUAUUGAGGCUUCCCUGUGCAUCUGUAAUUAUCUUUUUAAAAUUCGUCUGUCAUCUAGCUGCUUAUAAUUUCAAUUUUACCACUUUAGAUAGGCUAUUAAUAAAUCUUCUUCGAAAAUGUUAGGAAAUUUGUAGCUAGGUAGGGUACUAGGCAAUAGAAGUAGAAGAUAUUCUGUAGCUCAGUUAUCGUUAAUUUUCCCCCUUUCUGUAAUGCAGCUGUUGUAUGUUAGUAACAUUCAUUCAUGGCAAUGGAAAUCAUCAAAUGCCCGAGUUAUAGUUCAA